UGUACGCUUUGUGUACCAGUGGAGCUGCUGUCGCGGUCCGGAAUGGUCCGGAAUGAGUGGUUGUUUGAGGUGCAUUUCUUUCGAAUAUUUGGCAUCGCGUCUCGACCUAUUUUUCACAGACAUUAGUGGAAGUUUCGUGUAAAAGUGUGAAAAAUGAUAACUAUUAAACGCGAUAAGUGUGGAUUACUCGUUUGAAAGUUAGUUUCAGGUCAGUUACGAGUUUCAUCGUCGAUGUCCAUCGCGGAGAAAAUACAUAUUAAAUCGUAUUAUGGAAAAUUUAUGAUCUCGCAGCGUCAACGCUAUCGAGGUCGAUUCGAUCUUCGCUCUGUUAGCCGCGGACCAAUCAAAAUCCACAAAUGAAGAGCAAACGUGAAAAAGGGGCAGAAGUAACCGUGGCAAGAAGAUAGAAAAGAUGUCUGUGGAAGAAAAAUAAGGACAGAAGCAGGCAGAGGGGAUUUUAUAUCCUUACCGGUGGGUAAGGUCAGAGGGAGGGCGGGAGGGAGGCGAAGAGAUUAACAGAUCACGAUACAAAGGCGGUUUUGCGAAGAAUAAUGCAACGUACGAGAUGAAAGAAGCGCGUUAAACUGCAAGCCAGGCGUUGGAAGCGAAAAGCAUUUCGAGCAGAAUGAAUGAGAAGAAGGAUACGUAGUAAAAGAGUACUCGAUCGAAACAGAGGAAAGAGAAAGCCGUACUGCGAAAAGGCAGAGCAGCAACGAGCGGAGGGAAGCGGUUAGAAGAAAGGAAGAGGAGAAACGAGAGAAGACAAAGCGGGAACCGAACGUGGAAAAGUACGAUUUUCGAAUAAGCCAGACAACGAGGGAGAAAUAAAAAAGAAAAAAAAAAAGGGAGGGAGGUGCGUUACACCCUGGAGUCCGAUGUUCAGAGUCGUACGAUGCCCGGGGCUCUAUCUGAGAAUGCCCCGAGGCCUGUCAGUGUCGUCGCGGUAGAUGGUGCAACCGUUGAUACCACUAGGUGCAACCAACUCAACAGACCACAGGAGACCAGAGACAAUGGACGCUCUUUCACUUCGACGGAGGCGCAAACGGAGCUGCCUCUGCAAAAUGGUCCAGAGGCCCUCGAGGAACUGGACGGCGUACGCGGUGCCCGUAGAAGGGAGAGACGUAUGCGAAGACCACGCCGAGCCUUGAGAUCAUGCUCGAUGCCACCGACUUAUCCUGGUGCAUCGCCGGGAUGUCAGGCUUCCUCUACCGCGCCUGGUGUACCGUUGGUCGCACCCGCGAGAGGAUUUUUACAUCCUCCCCCGCCUCAUUUGGGUCUCAGGGGUCUUAGCCUCGGUCUACCGUUUCCGGUUUCCACCAGUGUCUCUGCUUUUGGCAGGGACGCAGUACCGAAGCAGUGUUGCGGCCUUAGUUCCCCCCCUGUACGUUGGUCCAUACUGGGUGUCGGCGUGGUGGGUCUCGUGUGCGCGGGUGCUGGCGCCCUGCUGGGAGCCCUCAGGGCUUCGGGUCGCGAUCACAUUGCCGUAGCGCUUCUUAUGAUCGGUAUAGGAGUGGUUCUGGUAACUGUGAGCGCUGUAGCGUGGCGAGUGACCAGUCGAGAAAAUUGCGGCAGUUUCUUUGGUUUCACAGGGAUCUCGAGCAGGAUUCCACCGGCGAGGCCGAUUCAUCCUUACGCUGCCAUGAUUUAUCCGGAAUUUCAGUUUAGAACGCCACCUCCGAGCUAUCAGGCAAGCAUGCAAGAGUACAGAUUAAGAUUGUUACUCUUGGAUCGUUUGCAACCGACAUCCUCGCCUCCGCCGACCUACAGAUCUAACGCCGGAAGUAUCGUGACUCCCGGUACAACCAGAGAAAGCAGACCGCCUAGUUACUGCGCUAGAUCGAACGCUGCGGCGAAUGCGAAUGUCGUGCCUUCGAAGAAGGACGCGAAUCUGGUCAGAAUCGUUCAGACCGAAUCGGAGCCGGUAAUUUUGAGCGGGGAUCAAACUCCUCCCGUCGCUGCCGUUGAAGUACUCGCGCAUCUCUGAUUCAUUCCAAUCGUUUUCUCUUUAUGGUUCGAUCGUAAAGGUAAUGUUUUAUUCGAUGAUUUAGCGAAAAUAAUCAUCUGUCUGUAGUGCAAUAUAGUUGUAUCGUUCAGUUUUCUUUGUCUAACUCUAGAUUUUUAUGAAUCGUAACGAACGUUAUGAAUUAUGUUUGAUGGAAACGACGAAUUAAAAGUGCUUUUUCGCCGCGCGACUGGCGUUAGUGUCGUGCCAUUUGCAGUCGCUGGCAGAUUAGCGCUGUUUGCAUUGGAUGAAACUAAAUAUCAUACAAAACCGUGAUAAUUGUGGUCAUGGUUAAAGUAAUAGAUCUCGACAUUGUCUUUUAUUCUUUUACCCGUUUCAGUGGAAAGAAUAGAAGACUAACGCUAUUGGAAAGAAAUGCAGACGAGAUUAUAAACGUUUUACUGUAAAAAAAUUAUUUUCGCAGUUAGCGAUGAAAUUAGAUGAUACUUAAAAUUGAAUGAAAGUUUCGUUACUUAGGUACCUUAGAAACUUUUGAAAUUACGAAACCAUGUUACCUUACUAUAAUACACGUAUUUUGCAUAAAGCUGUAUCCAGAAAUAAUAUCGCUCUCUGAAAUCAGUUUAAGGAUUAACUUAUUCUAUACAAGAGAAAGGCAACUUUUGGAAGUGUCGCUUUGUAAAUAUCAGUGUUGAAAUUUUAAAGCUGUAAUUUGUAAAAUAGUAUGUUACAAAAAGGGUGCGCGAUGCGGAACGUGUUGAUUAUGUGUAGGUCUUCCUGUUGUUACAAUUACUCAUACAUAACUUCAAGAACAAAGACCAUUCGAAAAUAGUAUUUUUCGUACUAAUUAACGUGUUAUAGAAUGGUUUUGUAAUAAUUAUAAUUAAUCAAUGAUAGCACUAAUAGCGACAAAACCAUUUCUCUUCUUUCUUUUUAAUCAAACUAUGAGAUUAUUUCUAUAUAUUUUCCAAAUUACUGUGUAAAAUAUUGAAAGCUGCAUCAAUUUGUUAAGAAUGGUACUUUAGUGGAUAAAUAAAUAAUGCAGCUUUAGAGGUAACAAUGCUGCCGCAAGCUUUAACGCCAUACAGUAAUAUUACUGCUCGCUUUAUUAUCGCGACUUGUGACGACGACAAUUUAUCGUCUAAAGUCGAUGUAAAAGAAAUGAGAAUCUCGUGUGUUGCGUACAAUAUAUACAUAUUUUUGUAACUAUUAUUUGAUGGUUAAAAACCCGAGUUACUGUCGGUUUUUAUAUACAGUAAUUAUAAUUUUAUAAAAACGAAAAUUUAUAUGUAAAUUCUAGACUUCGUUCAUCGAUUAACAUCGAAAUAUUCAUUAAUCGCUUAGUUAUUUUUAUAAUUAAAACUUCAACGACUAAAAAGAUACUGCAAAAUACUCAACGAAUGAUCUUCAAAUUUAUACUAAUAAGUUUCCUUUUUUGAUAUCUCUUUUGAGAAUAAUUUUUAUUCUAAAGUUGUUUGUACUUACUGUUUUUUAAAUUAUGAUUAUUUUGUUACUGUUGAAUCGGUGUAGAUAAAUAACAUUAUAGUUACAUAUUUUGUGUACUUUUAACACAUUAUCUCGGGUUAUGGAAGUUUCCAUAUUUUAAAUUUAAAAAAAAAGAAAUUUAAUAACAAAAAAUAAACAUAAAAAAUUAAUAGCUGCCCAAUGAUAAGAAUGUUAAUUGAUGUAUUAGGUGUACAGAUUGAUUUAGUGCCUUUAGUAUAGCGCCUUCUUAAUUACUAAUUUGAAUUUGAAUAUUUUCUCGCGCUUCUGUAGAUGUAGAAAAGUGGCGCGAGAAUGAUAUUUCAAUAAUUAGAGUUACUUGAAAAUGUAUCUUCAAUUAAAAAUAGAAAAGGCACAGAUUUAAUUACUACGUCUAAUACAUUUAAGCAUCAAUAAAUUGUUACAUUCCAUUCAGUACAAAGCAGACAUUAGAAAUAUUGUUUUCUAGAAAUCGUGUAUAAUGUUCAGAUGGCUGUAUAUGUAUUUUGUGAAAUGCUGUAUAUACAAUACCGACAGAUUCAACGAUAGAUAGAGUUGUAAGAGUGGUAAUUAAUACAAGGGCGACAAAUUUUCGAAAGGCGGCCUUAACCAAACUCGCAAUGAUUCGUGAUAUGAGAAUAGAUCAACUAUAAGUCAUCGAUCGAAUGAGUAUAUUGUUCCUUCAUAUUAUUGUAGAACAAUUUGUAUAUAUAACGAGAACAAAUAUAUUUAUCUGACUUAUUU